AUGGUUACCCACGAGCACGUCCGAAACAUCUUCGCGGGCCCAAGCAAGGGCGAUAUGGCCAGCUUCUGGCCCAACGUCGAGCCCAAUGUCGAUUGGACUGUGAAAGGCACCCACUGCAAGGUCUCUGGUCGCUACAGGUCCAUUGAGGAGUUCCAACAAGGGACAAGGGCUCUGUCAUCCACGUGGGCAGGUCCCCUCCAUCUCGUGGUUCAGAACAUCAUCAUCGAGGGCAACCAAGCUGCCGUGGAGCUGAAGGCGGUGGAUACCCAGACCAAGAGCGGCGACCCUUUCCCUAACGAAUAUACAUGGGUACUGGGUUUCAAUGAUAGCGGCAAGAUCGCAACCGUGAGGGCGUACAUGGACACCGACCUUGUUACUCGCGUCAUUGAAAAGAAUCCUCAGUAG